AUGACUAUAGAUGAGGAUGAUCCUAUGUUUGAAACAUUAGGAUCAGAAGAUUUUGAUGUAGAUGAAGAAGAAGAUGAGAGUGAACCCUUAUACAUUAGAUAUGAUCAUAAGGAGGGAAAUUGGGGCAACUCAAAUUCUAAAUUGUAUUUGGAUCAAUCUUUUAAGAAUGCAGUUGCUAUGGGUGUUGUUUACAGUAAUGGUGAUGAAUUUCUACAUAAUUCACAAUUGCCUGAGAACAUACUUUGUGUAAGGAUUGAUGUUUGCACCAAUGGAGAUGCUCAAUUACCAUUUCCUACUCUUGAUCGGCAAACAAUGGUAAGAGAUGUUAUAGGUGCUUAUGUUGCAUGGCCUAUGGGUCUCAUUGAGCCAUUUCAAAAGGAAGGAAAUGGUAUUCAAGUAGAGUUUGAUAGGCACAUCUACAGCGCAAAUGAUAUAUUUGGCAAUAUUGAUUGGCACGUUUUGGAUGACAUACUUCAUUUUAGAUGGCACUUGUACCAUGACUUGUUGAUGGACAAUGAGAGAGUAAAAUUCUCAUUUAUCAAUCCCUAUAUGAUAGGCCAACAUACUGGGAAAAAAGACAUUGAUUUUCAAUCUAACAAGAUUAGAGUACUUUUCAACAAAAGGAACUCGCAAUAUUGGAUAUUGAUUGUGAUCAAUCCAGCGACACCUUUGGGUCCCCUUAUUUACUAUUUGGAUCCUUUAGAGCAUGGUGAACCAAGAGACCGUCCAGACAUAAUAAGGCUGCUCAAUAGUGCGUUGAUUGGCUAUCGAGAUUUUGCAUCAUUGAGUUAUUCUAAAGCCCCUGACACCACAAAAAGCUACGUGUGGAAAAAAAUUAAAUGCCCUUUCAAACCCAAUAUUAAUGAUUAUGAUUACUAUAUUAUGAGAUUCAUGAAAGACAUUAUUACUCAUGAUCAAACUUUUAUUCCUGACAGUUAUUAUGAAGAUGCACAUUGCGCAAAGUACACUGACAACUAA